AUGUAUAUGGACGCCGGCGGUGUAGAAGUUCAACAUCAACCGUCCAAUCAAGACCCUACUAGACAAUCCUGGAGGAAUAAUAGCAGUUCAGGUAGUGACCAAAGUAAACGUAGGGAUAAUAAUAACAACAAAUCUAGACCCGUUAAUUUAAAAUCGAUUAACGUGGAACGGGCCCAAAAUAUGAGUACAGCUUCAAGAACGGGUGUCAAUACAUCGAAUACAUCAGGAGUACAGCCCCUUCGAACCCCUAAAACCGCUCAGUUUCCCAAACAAAACCAACAACAAUUAUAUACAAUGCCACCGAAGAGUGCUACUUAUGCGCAGCAACAUAUUAAUUUAUCGAGGUCUCCACCUCCACAGAACGUACAGAACGUGUUUACUCCACAGAAUUACAAUAUAUCUAAGACUGCUCCCAAGCAAACUCAACAAAAAUCUGCCAAUUCGAGACCCGUUCCAAAACCACUUAAUUUAUCAAAAUCUUCCUCUCAAGUUUCAAAUUUGGGGAGACUUCCACAAACAGCCACUUUUCCACCAAAAGUGAAUAGAGCCUUAAACCUCCCGAAUCCACCUAAAACUGCUACAUUUCCAUCAAAGUCAGGAUUUCCAAAAGAUGCUAGGCAGCCUAUGAGAACUCCUCAAUCUGCCACUAUUUCUCAAAUGCCAUAUGCUUUCGUUUAUGGUGAACCAGCGUAUAUUCAAACUUCGGAACAAUCCCGCUUUAGGCGCUACAGCAAUACACCUGCCCCACUUAGAUACAUUACAGCAGACUAUCGUCAAGUCCAAUUGGGUCCGGGUACACCAGUUGUGGUUCUAAGUCAUCCUGAGGAUUCUGAUUCCCAAGGAUCUUCUCCGCCAACUCCUGGUUAUGGACCACCUGAAGGGUUUACUGGUGCUGAAGUCUAUGAUCUAUACUCCAUGCAAUAUGAUGAUGAGGCUGAGGAAGGUCAAUAUAUAUAUUAUUACUACGAUUAUCCACAACAGGAUUAUUACCCUCAAACUCCUACCGGAACCUCACAUCAAGCACGCUCAAGUACAGUUUCAUCUACCAUGAAGGAAGGGAGACGUAGAAGCGUGUUUGGGGGACCAAUGAAAGUGCACCCCGAUGCAGUUCUUCCAAUUCGCCAACCUAAAGGUCCCGAUAUGGCCAAAAACUUUGCCACUCGUAUUCGUCGUAAGGCUGUUAAUAAAUUAUUUGCAGCUGCCGCUGAAAGACGAAGCAAAUCGGCCGCCGAUAGGAGGAAAUCUGCUAUGUUCUAG